AUGACUUCCAAGUCCUUUGACCUAGGCCGUGGCGAUGGCUACCACUUCUUUCGCUCUCUGCUAUCCAGGCCAAUUCUUCCACCUCAUGGGAUAUCCAUUUCGGGGCAGACAGCUAUCCUUACAGGCUCAAACACUGGUCUUGGAUUUGCUUGCGCAAAAUGGCUUUUGGAACUGAAUGUUGGUCGUUUGAUCAUGGCCGUUAGAACCCCCUCCAAAGGCGAAGCGGCCGCGGCGGAGCUGCGCAAAAGACACAAAGGCGCCCAAAUUGAUGUCUGGCAACUUGAUAGGCUCGACAUCGCCAUUCUGAACGCCGGAGUGAUUGAACAGUCCUUCCAGCUGGGCCCACAAGGUCACGAGAAGAUGUUCCAAGUCAACUAUCUAUCUACUGUUUUAGUCAAGAAGGAAUAUGUGAUUGUCAAUUUGGUGGAUCCUGGACUGGUGAGAGGCACCGAAAUUAACAGAGGAGUCAACCCUAUCAUCAAAAUGAUUUUCGAUACUGUUAUGUGGGGUUUCGGUCGAACCAUGCGGAACGGAUCGAGCACCUACAUUGAUGCAGCGAUAUUGAGGGGUGAUGAAACGCAUGGCAGCUACUUGAUGGAUUGGAAGAUACAGCCGUAUGCAACUCCAAUAUAUGACAGCGAAGGUGAAUCACUUGCGACGCGUAUCUAG